GGAGCUUUGUCCCUGACAGACAGAAUCUAGGGCAAGCUUGCUUGUUGAAAGUCAAGUGGCGUCACUUCCUUUGAGCUACAACAGAAAUGUCUGCUUAAAGAAACGUCUCGUCAGUGGCCACGUUUUUGGAGAUAUGCCUUGCUAGUUCGUGUUUUUCCGGCAAAGUGAGAUAAUUAGUGGACGAACAUGAGCGGCGGAUUCAACGUUGGCCAGCCUACGGGCUUUGCCUUCGGAGCGCAGAAGACCACCGCGGGUGCUCCUACCCCGGGCUUCAGUCUAACGAACUCAACGCCUGCGGCUCCGGGAACGGGCUUCUCUUUUGGGACUCCGGCUCAGACCAACUCCGCCCCGACCGGUGGCUUCACUUUUGGCACACCGGCUAAGAGCUCCGCCGCCGGGACCGGCUUCUCCUUUGGCACACCCACCGCUGCCGCCACCACCACGUUCGGCCUGGCCACGGCUCCCCAAACCACCACCGCUACUGGGUUGACCCUAGGCUCCACGGCCGCUCCAGCUGCGGGGUCCGGCUUCACCCUGGGCGGGAUGUUGUCUUCACAGACGAGCAGCGCCGCUCCAGCGGGAGGGGGCUUCAACUUUACCCCCCAGGCCCAACCCGCAGCGACAGUUGCUCCUACUGCGACCACCACAUCAGGAGGCAUGGGCUUCGGAGGGUUGGGGUUCAACUUCGGAGCGCCCAAAGUCCAGGUGACCUCAGCUGCUAGCACAACCACAGCAGCAGGUGGAGGCUUCAGCUUCGGGACUCCUGCCCCCUCCACCCUCACCCAGCCAGCCCCCGCAGCUGCAGCUGCAGCUCCAUCCACCCAAGGUGGAGGCUUCAGCUUCGGCAUUAAACCCGCAUCAACACCAGCUCCUCCCGCAUCCACCCAGCCAGCCCCCACUAUCGGCCUGACUCUGUUUGCUUCACCCAUCAUCACAACCUCUGCUGCAGCACCAACUUCUGGGUUUACUUUGGGUCCAGCCCCAGCAUCAUCAACAAGCACCGCAACUAGCACUGUGGUAGCCCCGGCUGCAAGUACACCUCCAUCCUUCAUGCUCAAGCCUCUUGCCAGCACGGCGGCGAGCACCUCCACCGCCACUACUGCAGCUCCCACAACGAGUGCCACCGCAGGCUUCACGUUGGGAUUCAAACCUCCAUCCAUCACAAGUUCAGCAACAGCUUCCACAGCCGCAACCGUCGUGACCACCACCACCACAGCCCCUCCGGUGAUGACCUACGCCCAGCUGGAGGGCCUCAUAAACAAGUGGAGUCUGGAGCUUCAGGACCAGGAGAGGCAUUUCCUACAACAGGCGACUCAGGUCAACGCUUGGGACAGAAUGCUGGUGGAGAACGGGGAAAAGAUCACAUCUCUACACAAGGAGAUGGAGAAGGUGAAGCUGGAUCAGAGAAGGCUCAACCAGGAGCUGGAUUUCAUCCUGUCCCAGCAGAAGGAGCUGGAGGACUUGCUUUGCCCUCUGGAAGAGACUGUGAAGGAGCAGAGUGGAACCAUCUACAUGCAGAACGCCGACGAGGAGCGUGAGAGAACGUACAAGCUGGCUGAGAACGUGGACGCCCAGCUGAAGAGGAUGUCCCAGGACCUGAAGGAGAUCAUUGAACACCUGAACACCUCCAGCGGUCCAGCAGACACCAGUGAUCCACUACAGCAGAUCUGCAAGAUCCUGAACGCUCACAUGGAUUCCCUGCAGUGGAUUGACCAGAACUCGGUUCUGCUGCAGAGAAGGGUGGAGGAAGUGUCCAAACUGUGCGACACGCAGCGCAAAGAGCAGGAGAAGACCUUUCGUCUAACAUUUGACUGAUUUGUUUAUCGUCAUAGUGUUUAUUUUUCCUGUUUUGCUUUAAAAUUGCCAAUUUAUGACAUGUUCUUCUAUUAUGUGUUGCAAAAAUAUUUUUAAUGCAAUCAGCUUUAUAAUAAUAUGAUUGUAUCUAUCAGAAUAGAAUGAUUAAAACCUUUUUUGAAAUUA